ACCGAAACAGGCUUAACCGGAAGUUGUCUUUGUUACCUUUCCUGAGCGUGGCAAAAAUAAUCGUGUUGGAGACAUAUUCUAUUUGAUCUCCGGUCAGCUAUGGCUGAGGGCUCACCUGACCCCUCCAGUCGCGGAUUGGUACAGACCUUUGACACAGAACUGAAUGCAGAUUCAGUGGAAUGGUGCCCAGUGGAGGGGUGUCAGGAUGUGCUGCUGUGUGGCACCUACCAACUGGAGGAACAGGACAAGGGAGAAUCAACGUGUGACGAAAAGCGACCACAGACCCGAGUAGGCCAACUGAGGGUGUACCGCUUAGAGUCCACUGAAGCCAGUCCCAGGAGCCUCUCAUUGCAUCAUUGUCUGGACAUGCCGGGAGUCCUGGACAUCAAGUGGUGUGCCCGGGCCUGUCUACUGCUCACGUGUGGACUGGUCAACGCUGCGGGUCACUUACAACUGUGGCAGGUUGCCGACACCGCCCUGAUGACACCCCCGAAGAAACUGACCCAGAUUGACCUGGGCCUGACGUGUCUCGGUCUGUCCCUUGACUGGAGCGACAGUAAACAUGACAGCCUUCAGAUUGUGACGUCAGAUUCCACAGGUUCGCUUUCGGUGUUUGACGUAGAUAGUGACGUGACAAAGGUCAGCUCGUGGCAUGCGCAUGAAUACGAAGCGUGGAUCUGCGCAUAUGACAGAUGGAACGAAGAUGUUAUAUAUUCAGGAGGGGACGACGGCAUGUUCAAGGGAUGGGAUCUGCGCGUAGGCACGACGCCUACUUUUACCAACAAACGACACAGUAUGGGCGUUUGCAGCAUACAGAGCAACCGUCUGCAGGAAUACAAGCUGGCGGUGGGGAGCUAUGACGAAGAGCUACAUGUGUGGGACACGCGACAGAUGAAGCGCCCCCUGGCGGUCUGUGAUUUGGGUGGUGGCAUCUGGCGUGUGAAGUGGGACCCGUUUGAAGGAGACACCAUUUUAACUGCCACAAUGUAUAACGGGUUUCAUAUCGUCGAUGCAUCAGAUACGUUAUCGAUAAAGGCCCACUACACUUCAGCGAGCAACCUUGGAUACGGCGCCGACUGGUGUCACAAGGCAGGUGCAGCACGUGAAUCUGCAUCUGAUGACGUCACAACAGACACGAAAACGUCUACCAUUGCAACCUGUUCAUUCUAUGAUCAUUCAUUACAAUUAAGAUCUUGGCCAACAUGACGAGGGAUAAAGUGUUUUUUUCAUU